UAGACGUGCCGCGGCAGGAUGCGUACCGGAAGAGGCGGGCAGAUGGCCGGAAGUGGGCCAGGGACACCCGGAACGCCUUGGGGGAGAUGAAGCCAGCGGUGGACGAGAUGUUCCCCGAGGGCGCCGGGCCCUACGUGGACCUGGAUGAGGCCGGAGGCAGCACCGGGCUUCUGAUGGACUUGGCAGCCAAUGAAAAGGCAGUUCACUCGGACUUCUUUAAUGAUUUUGAAGAUCUCUUUGAUGAUGAUGACAUCCAGUGAGGCGCUGUCUCAUGCUGCGUGUGGUCAAGCCUUUGCUGCGUGAGCGUGUGGUGGAGCCCUCAGGACAGUCCCAUGGUUCUGCAGAACGGGUGGGAACACCUGAAAUGAGGAGAUGGUUAACUGAGAAAGGACUGUUUCACCCAUCUGAGUGAGGUCAUUCCAUCUCUGAAUGUGACCAACUGUUGUCCUCACUUCAAUUAAAAAAGCGAUGUCAUCACUA